UUUAGCGUAUGUCCUCAAUUCUGAAACACACACCAACUAUCCCCAGCUUUUCAACCUUACUGCCUCUUAAUUGCACGGCGAGCCAGCGGCUAGCCCUCCGGAACCAUCUUCGACGUCCGCUGGCGUGCCCGAGACACCUUCGGAAGCGGCUCCGGCUGUGACCCCGGCUGUGGUUUCGGCUGUGGCUCCGGCUGCGGCUCCGGUCCCUGCGCCGGAGGAAACUCCCAGCGACGACGAUGGCGAGGACGAGCUGACCGAACGCCAGACGCUGUCCAAAGCCGCCACGCUGCUGUGCCGAACCAGCCCGCGCGGGAAGAACGACCCCAACGUGCGAGGAUUCGCCUACACGAACAACCGCUGCGUGGCGCUUUGCCGCAAUGGCUACGGGAUCCCUUGGAGACAGUCGUUCACCGCGCAGACACCAUGCGGCAGUGGAAUGGUGUGCGUCAACAGGGAGUGUAUGCAAGCAGGAACCAGUAAGGACAUGCAGACGUGCACCACCAUCUUCAACCAGAGCCGUCGCAAGUACCGGCAGCUGUUCAACGCCCGCAUCGAGGCCGGGGUGAUCUCCGCCUGCCGGCUCCGGUGCUACAAUCCCAACACGGCCGAAUCGUUGCGCGUCAACAGGGAUGACGGCGAGAGGUGCCAGAACCGUCUGUACGAAGGCACCUGUCGGGGAGGCGUCUGCCGAUCUCCGAACGAUGCCAUCGCGGCCAUCGGGUCGGUCAUCCCGAUUCCGUACCAGGAGGCCAACGCCUUCUCCAAACCCGACGACCACGGCGUCCAGGUCGAGGAGCCCGGUUUCGGCGAGGAGUUCGACCACGACGGCUUCCAUUCCGACCGCUUCGAAGAUAGCUUCGGAGGAAGGCCACAGCAGACACACUUCGACGCCGAGCCGGCGCCUGCCGUGGUCCAGGCGACCAACGGUACGGCCGGCGCUUGACCGCGGCGGCCCACCGCGGUCGCUCACCGGUACACCUUGGGUGCCAUCCACUAUUUAUGACUAUUUAUAUGAUGACUACCAAAUAAAGAGUCAGAUCUCUGCGCAUAAAAAAAAACGCCUCUGUCCUGGUACACUGCUCGUUUCUCUUUGUUUUAAUGUAAAGGGAAACUCC